AUGAUAUUUUCCAGGACAGAGGCUGAUUUUGUUGAGGAAGUUGUUCAAGAUAUUUUGACCAAAUUGAAUCGUGAAUCAUCAAGUGAUUUAAGGGGUCUAGUUGGAAUUGAAAAGAAAAUUGAGAAAAUUGAGUCGUUAUUAUGCUUGGAUUCACGAGGUGUUUGCUGUGUAGGUAUGUGGGGCAUGGGUGGUAUUGGCAAGACCACCCUUGCUGAUUGUGUAUUUCAGCGACUCUCUUCUAAAUUUGAAGCUUCUUGUUUUCUUAAAAAUGUGAGGGAGAACUCAGAAGAAAGAGAUGGAAUAUAUAAAUUGCGUAAUAAACUUCUUCGUGAGAUAUUAAGGGACAAAGAUCUGAAUAUCGACACUCUGUCUAUACCACCUACUACUCGAAAUAGGCUCACGCGUACCAAGGUGCUCAUUGUUCUUGAUGAUGUGAAUGCUCCAGAACAACUAGAAGUUCUUGUUGGUUGUCAUGAUCGGUUUUGCCAAGGAAGUCGAAUCAUUAUAACUGCUAGAGAUAAAGGCCUACUUGAGCACAAAGUUGACCAUGAUAAGAUAUACAACGUUGAGGGAUUAAGUUCAGAUGAAGCUCUUCAGCUCUUUCACUCGCAGGCUUUCAGAAAUAAGUCUCCAACAACAGAGUAUGCUGAGUUGUCAAGAAAGGUCGUAGAUUAUGUUAACGCCAUUCCAUUAGCUCUGAAAGUUAUGGGGUCUUUAUUCCUUGGUUGCAAGAGCAAACAAGAUUGGGAAGAUCAACUGAACAAGUUGAAACGAUUUCCAAGCGAAGAAAUCUGGAAAGUGUUGAGAGUAAGUUACGAUGGAUUAGAAGAAAAUGAGAAGGAGAUAUUUCUUGAUAUAGCAUGUUUUCAUAAUAAUUAUGGAAGGGAGUAUGUAAAAGAGUUCUUAGAUAGUCGUGGUUUCUGUGGGGAAGUUGGGAUCAAAGUUCUCAUUGAUAGGUCUAUGAUAUCAAUUGAUGAAGAAAGCAACUGGAUAGAGAUGCAUGAUUUGUUGCAAGAAAUGGGUAGGGCAAUUGCUCGCAAACAAUGUGUUGAAGAGAGCAGUAGGUUGUUCAUUGCAGAGGAUGUCCAUAAAGUAUUGACAAAUAACCAGAGAGCUGCAACUGUUCAAGCCAUAUCCAUUGACUGGUCUGAGCUACACUUGAGACAUGCAAACUUCCAAAAGAUGGAUCAAUUGAGAUGGCUACAUGUCCGUUAUCCUUGGUGGGAAAGGACAUUAAUGGAUUCUCUUGAUCUUCCCAAUUCUCUUAGUUAUCUUUACUGGCAGAAAUAUCCUAUGAAAUCUUUGCCAUCAAACUUUUCUGCUCAAAAUCUUGUAGAGCUUCAUAUGCCCUUAUGCCAAGUUACUGGGGCACAACUUUGGAAUAAAGACCAGAAUCUUAGCAACUUAAAAGUGAUCUGUCUUCGUGACUCCAAACACCUAACACAAGUUCCAGAUCUCAUUCGGAGUAAAAAAAUUGAGCGCAUAGAUCUUUCUCGUUGUGAAAGUUUGGUUCAAAUUCCUUCUUAUUUUAAAGAUUUUGACAAACUUACUCAUCUUCAUCUGGGAGGUUGCAUAAAUCUCAAAACUCUUCCAAAGAUUCCAUGCAAUGUUAAAUUCUUAGAUUUAUCUGAGACAUCAAUAAAGGAAUUGCCUCCAUCAGUUUGGUCUCACGAAAAAAUUACAGAGAUUGUUAUUAGAUAUUGUAAAGACCUUACUAGGCUUCCAAGCAACAAUUGUGAGCUGAAAGUCUCUGGUACUUUUAGUCUAUGCGGCUGCAAUUCUUUUUGUGAAUUUUCGGAGCUUCCCAGGAAUAUAACAGUGCUAGAUUUGAGUUUCACAGCAAUAGAAGAAUUGCCCUCAUCGAUCGAGACUGUCUUUGGUCUCACUGCAAUUAAACUGACCUACUGCAAAAGCCUUGUGAGUCUCCCAAACAUUUGGAAGUUGAAAUCUCUUAAGAGCCUUGAUCUCAGACAUUGCUCCAAAUUCAAGAACUUCCCAGAAAUCUCGGAGGCUAUAGAACAUCUAGAAUUUCUAAAUUUAUCAGGUACAAUGGUUAAAAAGGUACCCCCAUCAAUUGGAAGUCUAGUUGCGCUUCGAAAAUUAGACAUUGCUGAGUGCAGUAUACAAGAAAUCCCUAAUGACCUCUUUUGCUUAACCUCAUUACAAGAGUUAAAUCUAAGCAGGACCUUAAUUAAGAGCAUACCUGCAAGCAUUGAACAAGCUCCUCAGCUGUCUCGCCUGAGCCUGAUUGGUUGCAAGAAGCUUAAAUCUUUACCAAAGCUUCCCCCAUUGCUGCAAUGUCUUCAAGCACAUGGCUGCACGUCACUGAAGACAGUGUCGAGUUCAAGCACUCUACUCACACAAUGUUGGGAUGAAUAUAUAUUCUCUCUAGGGCUUCAUGAGAAACAUAUAUUUUCCAGUUGCCCAAAUUUGGAUCAGAAUGCACGAAGAUACAUAAUGGCUGAUGCACAGCUCAGAAUUAUGCGAAUGGCAACUGCGUCGUCAAAGUUUAAAGGCGAAAAAAUUGAACAAGCAUCAUAUCAUUCAGAUGAUUCAGAUUAUUCCAAUGACUAUAUAGAUGAAUUAGAUAAGGAAAAUUUUGGGAGGAGAUCUUUCGUUGCCAUUAAAUGUUCCGGGAAUGAAAUUCCAAAUUGGUUCAGCCAUCAAAGUGAGGGAUCUUCAAUAAAUAUGCAGCUUUCUCCUGAUUGGUUUAGCACAGAUUUCUUGGGUUUCGCCCUCUCUCUUGCAUUGGAAAACUGUGAUGCAGAAAAUCAAAUGAAGAUUGAGUGCAAAUACAACUUCAAAGCUAGUAAUGGUGAAAGCCAUGAAAUCAACCAUCCUUUGUAUAAUCCGUUUAUGUAUGGAAGCCAUUUCCAAGAUUCCCAUCAGGUGUUUGUGUGGUAUAAUAAUAAUGUCUUUGAAGAAGUUGUAGAGGAAGCUCGGAGCCCCACUGCGUUUUACAAACUUAUUACUGAGGUCUCUGUUGACUUUAAAGUACUGCAAUUUUCCUACGAAUCCCUUUUGGAGGAGGAGGAGGAGGAGGAGCUGGAGCUGGAGCUGGAGGUGGAACAGUGUGGGAUCUGUUUGUUGUAUGCCAAAGAUGCUGAGAUCAUAAAGCAGAGGGCUUUGUAG